CCGUAAUGUUUUACUAAGCAAGACCUGUAUACCCGUAGAAUGGACAGGUUCAUUCAAUGAAGCUCAUUGAGAAAAAAUUUUGUACCGUAUUCCUAGUAAUUCAAAUACUAAGGGUAUAGUUGAUUGAGAGGAUUCUUCGUCUUAUCUUCUCUUAAUCUGUUGCUAAACUGUGUGAUCCACGAAUUCUCAAUCCGAUCUUAAUUUCCCACUACACACCACAGCAUAAAUAAAAAUAUGGGCCAAAAGGCUCCAACGACGGAAGAAUAUGCACAGCGCCUUGAGCGCUGGUCGGAAAGACUAAAAAGUCAAACUAUCUCUCAUCUCCCUACGGAUUACAGUCGUCCCGUUCCUUCUAGAUUAGUGGAAGCUGUUUCCGAAAAGAGUCUCAACGAUGAGACCAAGACUGCAUUGAUUAACAUCUAUGCUACCGCCCAAACAAAGGGAAUUAACGCUACUCCUUUCAAUGUUUUGCUGACGCUGUUUAUUGUCCUUGUAAGUCGCCUGACUGGUGAUGAGGACAUUAGCAUUGGAACUAGUUCAGAGAAUGCAAUUCCUUUUGUUUUACGAACCUUUAUUCAACAAAAAGAAUCCUUCUUCGAACUCUUAAAAAAAGUUGCAGAACUUGAAGACACAUGUUCUGCUGAUGCCGUGGAUUUUACCGAUUUGAUAAAUCACCUCAAUAGUAAACUAUCAAAACAGGAUGAAACUCGCAAGAGUCUUGCACAUAUACGUUUCUAUAACGCUCCAGAUGCGCCAUCUGAAGGCUUUCUCUCCUCAACUAGCUUAGAUGUCGAUCUGACCGUGCUAAUUUCUCUCAAGAAACCAGCGGAAGAAGUUUCUUCUUUGCGUUCUUUCGCCUUUCCUGAUCUACAACUCAAGGUUAUUUACAAUCAACUUCUUUUCUCCCAAUAUAGAAUAGAUAUCCUUGCUGAUCAGCUUUUCCAACUUGUUAGAUCUACCUCACAAGACAUCAAUGCUCCCAUCGGUUCCUUAGAUUUAAUGACAGAUUCUCAAAAUCGUGUUCUACCAGAUCCUACAAUAGAUCUUGAUUGGUCUGGUUUCCGUGGCGCUAUCCAGGAUAUUUUUGCUAAUAACGCUGCUAAAUUUCCAGAGCGGGAGUGCAUUGUUGUAACGCCUUCGGUGACCGAAAAUGCCCCGACUACUUCUUACACAUAUCGCCAAAUCGACGAAUCUUCAAAUAUACUCGCUCACCAUCUUGUUCAAAGUGGUAUAGAGAGAGGUGAUGUCGUUAUGGUUUAUGCCCAUCGUGGCGUCGAUUUAGUGGUAGCUGUCAUGGGUGUUUUGAAAUCAGGCGCUACUUUUUCCGUUAUUGACCCCGCUUAUCCCCCAGCUAGACAGACUGUUUAUUUGGGUGUUGCCAAACCAAGAGGUUUAGUCUUUUUGGCCGAUGCCGGUGUUGUUUCUCCUACUGUUCUUGACUAUGUAGAGAAGAAUUUGGAACUCAAAACAUUUGUACCCUCUCUAAAGUUGUCAAAGAACGGCACUUUAUCCGGUGGAUGCCCCAAAGGUAGCAACACUGACAUUUUGUCGAAUGUCGCCCACUUGAAGAAUCAACAAACAGGGGUUAUUGUUGGACCUGAUAGCACACCUACACUUAGUUUUACUAGUGGUAGUGAAGGUGUACCUAAGGGUGUUAAAGGACGUCAUUUUAGUUUAGCUUAUUACUUCGAUUGGAUGUCACAUGAGUUUAAUCUUUCGGAGAAUGACAGAUUUACGAUGUUGAGCGGUAUUGCCCACGAUCCUAUCCAAAGAGAUAUCUUUACACCUUUGUUCCUUGGUGCAUCUCUCAUUGUACCAACAGCUGAAGACAUUGGUACUCCCGGACAGCUCGCUCACUGGGCAAAUAAAUACAGAGUGACCGUUACUCAUUUGACUCCUGCAAUGGGUCAGUUACUUUCUGCUCAAGCUGAAGAACAGAUACCAUCCCUCCAUCAUGCAUUUUUUGUGGGUGAUAUUCUUACUAAGCGUGAUUGUCUUCGUUUACAAGUGCUUGCUAUUAAUGUCAAUGUUGUCAACAUGUAUGGUACAACUGAGACGCAGCGUUCCGUCUCAUAUUUUGUGGUCCCUGCUAGAUCAAAGGAUUCCACUUUUUUAGAAACUCAGAAAGAAGUCAUACCUGCUGGUAAAGGUAUGAAGAACGUACAGUUACUUGUUAUCAACCGCCAUGAUAAUAGCAAAGUUUGCGGUAUUGGAGAAGUAGGCGAAAUUUAUUUACGUGCUGGCGGUUUAGCAGAGGGAUAUCUUGGUAAUGAAGAAAUGACAUCCAAGAAGUUUUUGCAGAGUUGGUUCGCUGACCCUUCUAAAUUCGUUGAUCGCACUCCUGAAGACGCUACUUGGAAGAAAUAUUGGUUUGGUAUUAGAGACCGUAUGUAUCGUUCUGGUGAUUUGGGACGCUACCUUCCUUCUGGUGACGUUGAAUGCAGCGGCCGCGCUGAUGACCAAGUCAAGAUUCGUGGUUUCAGAAUUGAACUAGGUGAAAUCAAUACCCAUCUUUCUCGCCAUCCUAAUGUGCGUGAGAAUAUUACACUUAUUCGCCGUAACAAAGAUGAAGAGCCCACCUUGGUUUCUUAUAUUGUCCCUCAAGACAUUGGCAAAGAUGAUUACGCUAGUGGUACCGAUACUGACGAUUUAGUGGUCCAAGGUCUUCGUAAGUAUAGAAAGGUUAUUAAGAACAUUCGAGACUACAUGAAAACCAAGCUUCCUAGCUAUGCUGUUCCUACAGUAAUCGUUCCAUUAAAUCGUAUGCCCUUAAACCCCAAUGGUAAAAUUGACAAGCCUGCUUUGCCUUUCCCUGAUACAUCUCAAUUAGCAGCGGCUUCUUUUACUCGUACCAAGAAUGCGACCGCAGAAGCUCUCACCACCGUUGAGCAAGAAAUGAAGGAUAUCUGGCAGAGUAUUGUUCCUCAUGCUGUUGGUUUAAGCAAAAAAGCAAACUUUUUUGACGUUGGAGGGCAUUCAAUUUUGGCAACCCGUCUUAUUUUCGAGUUAAGGAAGAGAUAUGCCGUAAAUGUUCCUUUGGGUUUGAUCUUCCGUGAACCUACAAUUGAAGGAUUAGCUAGAGAAGUUGGUAAACUCAAAUCAGGAGAAAUGGUUGAUUUCUAUAACGUGCCAAAGGAAGAAGCUGAAGAUAAGGAAGUUGCUUAUGGCAAGGAUGCAGUCCAACUUACGAAUGCACUUUCACAAUCAUAUCCUACAUUCUCUGGCUUAAAGGUUGAUGAUCCCAAGACAGUAUUAUUGACUGGUGCCAAUGGAUACUUGGGUGUGUUUAUUCUUCGUGAUUUGAUGACACGUAACUCGAAUAUUAAGGUUAUCGCUUUGAUUCGUGCAUCUUCUCCAGAGCACGGCUUGCAACGUCUCAGGGAUAGUAGUAUUGCUUAUGGUGUCUGGGACGAAAAGUGGAGUACGUCAAUUUCUGUUGUUAAUGGAGACCUUGCCUCGGAGAACUGGGGACUUGGCGAACAAUGGAACAACUUAUGUGAGGUAGUAGAUGUUGUUAUACAUAAUGGUGCUUUAGUACAUUGGGUCUACCCUUAUUCCAAGCUUAAGGGUCCUAAUGUUAUGGGUACAAUCACUGCUCUAAAGCUAUGUGCAUCUGGUAAGCCAAAGUCCUUGAGUUUUGUAUCCUCAACGUCUACUAUUGAUACUGAAUAUUAUGUCAAUCUAUCCAAUGAGAUUACAUCGAAGGGUGGUAAUGGUAUCCCCGAGUCGGAUUCCCUUUCUGGUUCCGCUGACGGGUUACAAACAGGCUACGGUCAAAGUAAAUGGGUUGCCGAAUAUUUGGUUAAACAAGCCGGACUGCGUGGCUUAAGAGGAGUUAUAGUUCGUCCAGGUUAUAUUUUGGGUGAUUCAAAGACUGGAGCCAUUAAUACUGAUGACUUUUUGGUUCGAAUGAUGAAGGGUAGCAUCGAAUUAGGACUCUAUCCUAACAUCAACAAUACAGUAAAUAUGGUUCCUACAGAUCACGUUGCACGUGUAACAACAGCUUCUGCAUUCCAUCCAAGUGAAGGUGUUACUGUUGCCCACGUUACUAGUCAUCCUCGUCUUCGAUUCAAUCAGUUUUUGGCAACUUUAGGCGUGUUCGGUUUUGGUACGAAAGAAUCAGAAUAUGUAAAUUGGCGAAUUGCUCUUGAAAAGUAUGUUGUUCAUGAAUCUCAUGACAGUGCACUGUAUCCUUUGCUGCAUUUUGUUCUUGAUAAUCUCCCAGCCAACACAAAGGCACCUGACUUGGAUGACGCUAAUGCUCGUGAGAUUCUAAAGCGUGAUACUGAAUGGACGAGAGAUGAUGUGUCGGCUGGAGCAGCUGUACUUGAACGAGAAAUGGGACUUUACUUAUCAUACCUUGUUUCCAUCGGAUUCUUAACGAGACCUACUCAUAAAGCUCAGAAGGAGUUACCAAAGGUAGAAUUAAACACUUUAACUAUGGAAAAGCUUGCCAGUGUUGGAGGACGUGGUGGCGCUCCUACUAAAUAAAACGAAUUUUGGUCAUUAGUUUUAAAAAAGUUUUUCAAAAUUUAGUCUAUUAGUUAGUGAUGUUUUUCAUCAUCUUCUAUGCAUGGAGUAUUAAAAUAAAUAUCAGAAUUGAAUGCUGGAGAUAUAGGUAUAUCCAUCGCCAAAUCUGCUGGCGAUAAUGGAGUUUUC